ACGUAUAUACAGUAUAUACUUCCUGAUGUGAGUUUAAUAACCUCAAAGUGUUACAUAGGUAGUCAGUCGUUGUUUGACAUUUCAGUAGAUGACAUCAUAAGUUCGUGAUUUAAUUACGCAUAACGCCAGAUUUAUAUGUUAUGUCAAUAAAAAAAUAAGAAAAAAAAACAUGAUAGCUUCAGAAAUAGGUUCCACAAAUAAUGAACCUGUACACGUAAAAAUUGGCAAUGAAAAAGCUCCUUUAAUUCGUGGAAGAGGUGUUUUACAUAGAUUAAGUAAUUUCUUUAGAGUAAGAAGGAUACAACAUGCAGAAGGUGAUGGAUAUGUUGAGUUUGGUAGUUUGGGAACAGAUAUCGGUCGUACUUUGGGAACAUUUGCUGGUGUAUUUAGUCCUGUUACAUUAUCCAUGUUCAGUGCCUUAGUUUUUCUACGAAUGGGAUAUAUAGUUGGUAAUGCAGGAUUACUUGUAACUUUGGUACAAUUUGUAAUCGCUUAUGGAAUUUUGGUAUUUACUGUAGCAUCUGUGUGUGCAAUUUCAACAAAUGGAGCAGUCGAAGGAGGUGGUGCUUAUUUCAUGAUAAGUCGUACACUUGGACCAGAAUUUGGUGGUUCUAUUGGUACACUAUUUUUUAUGGCUAAUAUAGUAUCAAGUGCACUUUGCAUCUCUGGUUGCGCCGAAGGAUUGAUAGAAAAUUUUGGACCAUCCGAUUAUUUGACUGACAAAAGUGCUUUUAGUACAUGGUGGCGUUUUUUAUACUGCUCAUUAUUGAACACUGCCAAUUUAUUGGUAUGUUUAAUAGGGGCAGCAAUGUUUGCAAAAACUAGUGUUGCUAUUUUGGCUAUUGUUUGUGUUUGUCUAUCAAGUGUUUUCAUAAGUUUUUUGGUACAAGGACACAUGGAGAUAGCAAUUCCAGCUGCAAAUAAACUAGUUCAAAAUGCAACUGAACAUGUUAAUGGUACUUAUACAGGAUUGUUAUCAUCUACUCUUAUAAGUAAUCUUUAUUCAAAUUAUAGUCAAGAUUAUUCAAGUGAAGAGGUAAUGACUGAUUUUGCAAGUGUUUUUGGUGUAUUAUUCAGCGGUGUAACUGGUAUAAUGGCUGGAGCUAAUAUGAGUGGUGAAUUGAAAAAUCCAGGAAGAAGCAUUCCACGUGGAACUUUAUCAGCAGUAUUGUUUACAUUUAUAUGUUAUAUUCUCUUAUCUAUUUUUACAGCUGCAACUACAAGUCGAUUUUUGUUGCAAAAUAAUUUUGUCUACAUGAUGCCAAUUAAUAUUUGGCCACCAUUUGUAGCAGUUGGCAUAUUAACAGCAACAUAUAGUGCUGGUUUAAGUAAUUUAAUAGGAUCAAGUAGAGUUUUAGAAGCAUUAGCUAAAGAUAAUGUAUUUGGAUCUGGAUUGAAUUUUAUAACACGGGGAACGUGGAAAGGAAAUCCAAUUGCUGCAGUUUUAACUUCAUGGACUCUAGUCCAAAUAAUUUUACUUGUGGGUUCAUUGAAUACAAUUGCCCAGAUUAAUUCAGUAUUAUUUCUGUUAAGCUAUUUAGCUACCAACUUGGCUUGCCUUGGACUUGAACUUGCAAGUGCCCCAAACUUCAGGCCAACAUUUAAUUAUUUUACGUGGCAUACAGCAACAAUUGGCAUUCUUGGAACAUUAAUAAUGAUGUUCAUCAUAAAUAGUAUCUAUGCUUCCAGCAGUAUAAUACUGUGCUUAAUAUUAAUCAUUGUGUUGCAUUUAUUUUCUCCGAGUAAAAACGCUCCUUGGGGAAGCAUAUCACAAGCACUCAUAUUCCAUCAAGUCAGGAAGUAUUUAUUAAUGUUAGAUUCGCGUAAAGAUCAUGUGAAGUUCUGGCGGCCACAAAUGCUCUUAAUGGUAGCCUCUCCGCGGUCAGCGUGUCCACUUAUAGAUUUUGUAAACGAUUUGAAAAAAGGAGGACUUUAUGUAAUUGGGCAUAUCAAAAUCGGAGAAUUUUCUGGUCAAAGUAUAGAUCCUACGAUAGAGGAGUAUCCCCAUUGGUUGAGUUUGGUUGAUCACAUGAAAGUAAAAGCGUUCGUUGAAUUGACAAUUACGAAAACUGUACGCGAAGGACUCCAUCAUUUAAUACGAAUAUCUGGAAUGGGAGCAAUGAAACCAAAUACAAUUGUUCUCGGUUUCUACGAUGAAGAAGAACAAACAGACUUUUUUACUAAUUCACAAUAUGCAACAGACAUGUUUGAAAAUGUUACAACAUUUCCAAAUAGUAUUGCAUUCCCAUUGAGACAAACAAAAGCAGAGAAGAAUCUAGAUCCAGUACAAUAUGUAGGAAUGUGCUCGGAUGUUUUAAAAAUGAAAAAAAACCUAUGUUUAUGCCGAAAUUUUCAUACCUUAAAUAAAUUACAAAUUACAAAGAACUCUAAUUUAAAGUAUAUCGAUGUGUGGCCGGUGAAUUUUUUCCAACCAACGGAUCAAGAUUCAUUUGACACAACAUCAUUGUUUAUGCUUCAACUUGCAUGUAUCAUCAACAUGGUGUCCACGUGGAAAAAUUUACAUCUCAGAGUGUUUCAUUGUGAAAUUUCAGAUAGCAAUGAAAGUCCAACAAUUUCUAAUGAACUCCGUAUAAGGAAAUUAUUAAAUAUGUUGAGAAUAUCUGCAUCCAUUAAAAAGAUCCCUAACUGGGGAACACAAGUACGCGGAUUAAAGGGUAGAUCCCUUAUCGAAUCCAGAGUUGAAACUCAAUAUGAAUCAGGCACUGAAAAUAGCGACGACAUCUUGAGCAAUGUUUCACGUGCUUAUAUUUUGAGUGUUAAUCAACUAAUUAGAGAUCAUUCUUCUCAAACUGCAAUAAUAUUUAUGUAUUUACCUACACCACCAGCAUCAAAUACUUGGGACGAAAGUGUUAUGUAUCGUCAGUAUCUUCAACUGUUAACGGAAUUAACAGCAGAUUUACUUCCUAUAGUAUUAGUGCAUGGUGUUAGUGCUGUUACAUCGACAACACUAUAAUAAAAUGUAUAUAUAGAAAAAGAGAUUUUUAUUGAACAACUUUUAUGAAAGAAAGUAUUAUUUGAUGAGUAACUUAUGCAAUGUUAAAUUAUCAUUUUUAUAUUUCCUGCAUAUUUGAAGGAAUUAGCAUUGGCCAAGGAAUAAAAAUAUCCGACAUACUUUCUCAUAUAAUUUUAUCACUAUUGUAAAGUUGUAUGACUAUGUCUGUACUAAUAAUA